AUGAAGGAAAUAAUAACACAAAAAGAGACUGGCCCUCUCGUGAUGGCUGAUGGCAUUGGCAUCACCGUGUUGGCCUCACGACAACCACGUAAGAGGGCGUUGGAAUCCUUGGUGACAGAGUCGCCAGAGGGGUCAUCUGGGAUCGAGCCUGUCGGGCAGGGACAGACUCCUCAUGGUACUGUGGGCGCAUCAGGCUCUCAGAUUCCGACGGUUCCUUCUCCAGAGGUACUUACCCUGACCAUAACUGUCGGAACCACCCCUACAGUAUUCACGGUACUACCAGCGGUAGCACUUGCGACAUAUCCGGCCCCUCCACCAGCAAUGCUAGCUGUUGCAUACCCGACACCUCCUUCAGCCGUGCCUACUGCAUACCUGGCACUACCGCCACCUAUGCCUGCUACUGCAUACCCGGCACCCGCACCAGUAGUCCUAGCAGUACCAGUUGCUCCUUAUGCGGUACCACUACCUACCGUACCUCCAGUCGCUCCUACCUAUAUUGACCCUGCAGUGCCACCAGUGGUACCUGCCCCGACUUAUGCAGCAACACUAGGGGUACUUUCCCCAGCCUAUCCAGCGGUACUACUUGUAGUACCAACUCCAGUGGUUCUGCCAGUUCCCACGGUGAUCCCUACUCACCCUACUGAUAUGGUUAUGACACGAGCUCAGAUCCCAACUUUAAUAGAGUCGGUGAAAAGCUGA